AUGGCGGACACUCCCAUUUUGAGCGUAACACUUCUCGGAGCAGGCCAAGAGGUGGGCAGGUCGUGCUGCGUUCUACAGUAUCGAGGCAUAACUCUUGUCUGUGAUACUGGUAUACAUCCCGCGUAUAGUGGUAUGGCUUCUUUACCGUUCAUUGACGAUCUAGACUGGAGCACUGUCGAUGCAAUUCUUGUUACCCACUUUCACUUGGAUCAUGCCGCUGCUUUGACCUACAUUACCGAAAAGACUAAUUUCCGAGAUGGCAAAGGCAAAGUUUACAUGACCCAUCCAACAAAGGCGCUUCACAAAUUCAUGAUGCAGGAUUUUCUUCGAAUGAGUGCUUCAUCUUCCGACGCGUUAUUCUCUCCUCUUGACAUGACGAUGUCACUCUCCUCAAUCAUCACGAUCUCUGCACAUCAACUCAUCACACCUUGUCCUGGUGUCACAUUUACGCCUUACCAUGCCGGCCAUGUUUUAGGCGCGUGCAUGUAUCUAAUCGACAUUGCUGGCCUGAAGAUUCUGUAUACUGGUGACUAUUCCCGUGAAGAAGAUCGACAUCUCGUCAAGGCUGAAAUUCCACCGAUCCGUCCCGACGUUCUGAUCGUUGAGAGUACUUAUGGUGUCCAAACACUUGAAAGUAGACCUGAGAAGGAACUCCGUUUCACAACUCUUAUUCAUUCGAUCAUACGGAGAGGUGGUCAUGUUCUUCUUCCUCAAUUCGCCCUUGGUCGAGCUCAAGAAUUGCUUCUUAUACUUGACGAAUAUUGGAAAAAACAUCCCGAUCUUCACAAUGUUCCAAUUUACUAUGCCUCCGGUCUUGCUCGCAAAUCCAUGGCAGUGUACCAGACAUAUAUUCAUACCAUGAACUCAAACGUUCGGUCAAGAUUUGCGAAGCGUGAUAACCCCUUCGUUUUCAAACAUAUUUCGAAUCUACCACAACCUAGAGGCUGGGAGAAGAAGAUAGCAGAAGGGCCACCGUGUGUUGUUCUUGCAAGUCCUGGGUUCAUGCAGUCCGGUCCAAGUCGGGAACUAUUCGAGUUGUGGGCUCCCGAUUCCCGUAACGGUCUCAUCAUCACUGGGUACUCAGUCGAAGGUACACUAGCUAGGGAUAUCAUCAACGAGCCGGACGAAUUUGAGUCUGUCAAAGGUGGAAUGAUACCGCGAAAAAUCUCGGUCGAGUAUAUUUCAUUCAGUGCUCACGUCGACUAUUCUCAAAACUCGGAAUUCAUUGAGGCGAUCAAAGCUCAACAUGUGGUGCUGGUUCAUGGAGAGCAAAAUGCGAUGGGUCGUUUGCGGGCCGCAAUGACCUCGCGUUACAAAGAACGAGAUGAAGACGUCAAAAUUCAUACACCACGGAACUGUGAAACAUUGGAAUUGUCAUUUCGCGGUGAGCGAGUCGCGAAGGCCAUUGGUACGUUAGCCGACAACCCACCCCAAACAAACGAUGUAGUGGCUGGCCUCUUAGUGGCCAAAGACUACUCAUACACUCUACUUGAUCCUCGGGACUUAAAAGACUUUGCCGGUUUAUCCACCUGUACAGUUAGCCAGCGUCAACGAAUAUCACUCGGAGUCGGUUGGGAGUUGAUUCGAUGGCAUCUGGAAGGUAUGUACGGUAAAGUGGAAGACAGUGUCGAUAGGGAAGGUGUUUCUACUAUGCGAGUUAUGGGAGCUGUAGAUGUGAAACGCACUCAAGAACACGAAUUAACGCUUGAGUGGGACUCCAGUGCAAGCAACGAUAUGAUCGCGGAUUCAACGCUUGCUCUUAUAACAGGAAUCGACAGGAGUCCCGCGUCUGUCAAACUAACCAGUCACUCACAUUCGCAUUCGCACCCGCACACCAAACAUCCCCAUGCAGAAAAGGAAUUCGACCAAUUUGCAAGAAAUCAAAGUUUGGCUAAGUUUCUCGAAGCCCAUUUCGGGGAAGUCGAGCUCCAUAUUCCAGACGAAUUGGAUGAAUCUGAACAAGGCGAAGAUGAACAUGAUGUCCCGUCGCUGUUCGUUCAACUGGACGAAGCGGACGCGACCAUCAACCUCGUCUCGUUGAACGUCUCGAGCAACAGUGAAAACCUGAAGAGGCGCGUAGAGGCAGUUCUCGCUAUGGCUAUUACCACCAUAAGCCCGUUAUCAGAAGCUUUCAUCACGGUGGCGCCAACGUCUCACGAAGAGGCUACUACUGAAAGGGAAACAGUCAAAUCGGUCGUGAUACCUAAAGAAGAGGCGCUGAGAGCGGAAGAAGAUAUCUCUAAUGGAGAAAUCCACAGCAAGGCAGGAGAUGUAUGA